UUAGUCUGUUCAUAAUUUUGCUUUCAGGAUGACUCUAAAGUGGCAGUGCUGAAGGCUUUAGAAUCAGAAACAGCUUACAGAAAAGGAAAGGACCAGAAGAUUAAGCCUUUGAUGCAAAUAAUUAAGCUUGAAGAUGAUGGGAAUUUUGGGAGACUUCUUUCUUCUGCACCAGAGUCGGCACCAAAGUUGGUUGCAAUUGAGAAAGAUGAACGAAUUGUGAACAUGGCUAUUGUUUGUGAUGGUACACAGAUUCUUCUAGAGACAGCUGAUUCAAAAGAGGCCAUAGCUGUGUUGAUUGGUUUGGUUUACCUUACAGACCUAGAUUAUCCAAAGGCAUAUUCACAGGUGCGUGGGUUCCCUCAGCAAACUGAACUUCAGCAGCAGUUUGAUGGGCAUAAGAGCUAUGGAUUUGUUCAAUAUGUAAAGACAGUGAACACGGAAAUAGAGAGGAAAGAAAAGAAGCCAGUGUGA